CAGACGUCGUCGUGCGUGUACGCAACUACGUGCGUACGUACGUGUUGUACUGCCGUCUAACACGUAUAGUAUUGUCCGCUGUCGUCUUCGAAAGUUCCUCCACGGCUCCACCCCUCCUCGGCGACUACCCCUCAAACAGUAAUCGUAAUAAUAAUAAUAAUAUCGACUGUUACUAUUGUAUCGCGGACAGUGUGCGUGUGCGUGUAUGUGUUAUUGGUUGUAUUGCAGUGGUGCGCGUUUAGUAAUAUUUUUUUAAAAUUUUUUUGUAAUUUUAUGUAUAUAAAUACAUAGAGGACAAUUUUUUUCACUCGCGAAACAAUCAGUUCUUGCAGUCCAGCUAGUCGCCAUCCUUGACCGUAACACAGAUAAUGGAUUGAACGCAGUGAACUAAUUUUGUGGAACAUUCAAUGACGACAGUUGAGGUCUGUUAGUGUGUACGCGUGCGCGCGCGUAUGUGUGUGUGUCGUCUGUUCGUGUCGCGUGUGUAGAAUCAGUUUGGACGUGAUCCUUACGCUCGGGAGCAACAUUAUACCGUCGCCGAUUGCAGCUGCCAGCGUCGCCACUGCGAUCACUGUCGCCACUGUCGCAACCGCCGUUACCGACGUUUGCCAUGGAAGUGAUGGACUCGGACGCAAACACCGUGUUGCACUCGGUCACCAAGGGCGUGCACGCCGGUCCGCCACCUGUGGUCACCUGGCCUGGCAUGGACAACGUGACGAACGCGUCCAUGUUCGACGAGUCGAAUCUCCCGUAUGACAUGAAAUUCAACGAGGGCCACGUGGUCGCCAUAGUCACUUACAGUAUACUCAUGGUCGUCUCGGCCAUAGGCAACAUCACGGUGCUGACGAUCAUCCUGAAACGCAGGCGCAAGGCUGGCACGAGGAUACACGCGAUGCUCAUGCACCUGGCCAUCGCCGAUUUGUUGGUAACUUUCUUGAUGAUGCCGUUGGAAAUAACGUGGGCAUGGACUGUGCAAUGGAUUCUCGGUGAUCCACUUUGCCGUAUCAUGUCAUUUUUCCGAAUAUUUGGAUUGUAUCUUUCCAGUUUCAUAUUGAUUUGUAUCAGCGUUGAUAGGUACUUGGCUGUUUUGCAGCCAAUGCGUUUAUAUCAGAUGGAUCGCAGGGGAAAGUUAAUGAUUGCAGUGGCUUGGAUUGCAUCAGUUAUCUGUAGCUUACCACAGACUUACAUAUUUCACGUGGAACGACACCCUAAUGCCACAUGGUACGAACAGUGCGUCACUUAUAACGCUUUUUCGUCCAAAUUGCACGAGCUGGCUUACUUAUAUUUCGGCAUGUUCAUGAUGUACUGGUUGCCUCUAAUCGUUAUACUAUUCUGCUACGCUUCCAUCAUCAUUGAAAUAUAUAGAAGGUCCAGGGAAUCGAUUUGCGGUCAAGGUACAGAUAAUGUACGCCGUCUGGGAUUUUUAGGACGCGCCAAAAGUAGAACAUUAAAGAUGACAAUCAUUAUUGUAAUAGUGUUUGUUGUUUGUUGGACUCCCUACUACAUUAUGGCUAUUUGGUACUGGACAGACCACAAGUCCGCACAGAUGGUCGAUCAGAAGGUACAGCACGCGCUCUUCAUGUUUGCGUGUACCAAUUCGUGUAUGAACCCGAUCGUAUACGGAGCGUUCAAUAUACGUACCAGGAGGACGCUGGUGACCCAGAUCGGGACGUAUGCGGUUUCGUUUGUGAUACAGUUUUUGAUCGUCGUGACCGUAAAGUUCAUUAUAACCGGCAUCAUGUGUUCGUUUACGUUCUUCGUCAGCCAAAUGAUAUCCGAGUUCCAGAUAUUGUCCGCCUACAUCGAGCACGCGGUCGAGAUCGUCGAGUACGAUCAGUCCACCGGCAAGACCACCGAACAGAAGCUCUUGGAUCACGUGAAAAGCUGCGUGAUGCUUCAUCACCGGCUGAUUGACUUCAAAGACCAGCUGAACGAGAGUUACGGGUACAUCAUACUGCUGGAGCUCAUGUUCAGCACGCUCUACUUCUGUCUGUCGGCGUUCAACAUGAUAUUCGUGGGCAACCGGUUCGUUAUAGCCAAAGGUCUGCUGACACUCUCCAACUACCUGGCCGAGCUGUUCAUAUUCUGCAUGUACGGCAGCAUGGUCGAGGACGCGCACGUGGGCUUACUCAGGGCCUCGUACUCGGCGGCGUGGUAUGCGCAGCCCGUGCGCUUUCGCCGGUCACUGAUGAUGGUCAUGUCCAGGACGCAAACGUCGUUGCAAUUGACCAUCGGCAAGGUGUUCAUAGCCAAUUUGCCACUAUUCUUGUCCGUGCUCAAGGUUUCCUAUUCGGGCGUCAACGCGCUCAGGGCGGCUAACGCCAAAUAA